AUGACGUCGAUAUGCAGUGGUCCACUUAUGAUAUAUACAGUGUACGACGGAUUACCGACUGAGGGAGGUGACGCCGUCGGUGACGCCCGGCUAAGAAAGGAAGCGUCACCCAUCCAGUACACCGUUCACCUGCCGUUUUCGGACAUGCUUUCGGCUGCCGCUCGGUCGCUCGUUUUGGUAAAACUCGAGCCCACACUGUCAGGUCCCCGCCACACUCAAUAUCACACAUUUUCGCGUCAAUUCAUGGGGCUCGAGAAGUACAAAAACGAGACUCGCUCGGUGUGCAGUACUACCUGUGCUCAACCUCCUGAUCUCUUAACUGCGAGUUCCAAUGCGAGCCACGCACCUGCAAAGAUGCGUCAUGAUAACCCAUCCAAUGUCUUCGACGAACGCCCUCCUAAGCGCCCGCGGGUUCAACUGCGAGUUGGCCCAGCUCCACAUCACACCCCUGCUGUCUCUUCGAGCGAGCACCUUGCCUCCAGGGCAAGGCAGAAGUGCUGUGGUGCUGGCACUGCUGCUGCACCAGCGAGAUCUGCCGUCAAGGACCCGUCGCCAGCUCCCUGUGCAGCCAUGCUUGUUGAGCCGGCUGCUGCUGCCUCCAAUGGCAUGCAGCGCUCCCUCGAUGCACUGGACGCGACCUCCCACAAAAUUUGGCUCUGCCUCGCGGCGGAGGAGCGCGCUGACAAGGGUACCAACGAGGCAUACGCACGCCAUGUCCGCAAUUAUAUUGCCUACUGGGACAGAUACCAAGCUGAGAUGGUUGCUGACACCCCAGCAUGGACCUCUGUCCCUGCGCUGCCAAUCUCGGCAGCCAAGGUGUUCAUAUUUCUCAACUACGAGCGAACCCGAGAAAAG